GGUGGUGUGACGUCAUAAGGCUGUGCGCACUCCCGCGUCUGUGAUUCGGCUGAAGAAAGAUAAACUGAGGUCCAUGUGACACUUUUAUAAAGAUGGAGUUUAUCAAAGAGGAGAGUGAAGACGUGAAGAUUGAAGAAACAUUCAGAGUCAAACAUGAAGAGACUGAGACACACAAUAUUAUAAAGAUGGAGUUUAUUAAAGAGGAAAGAGAAGACGUGAAGAUUGAAGACACAUUCAGAGUCAAACAUGAAGAGACUGAGGAACAAACAGACCUGAUGGCACUGAAAGAGGAGAGUCAAGGACUGAAUGAAACCGAAGAGAAAGAACAAAAUGAGAAACAUCAUGAUUUCAAAACUAAAGAAAAAUCAAUUAGUUGUUCACAAACUGAAAAGACUCAGAAAAUACAAACUAAAACCCUUAAUUACAACACAAUUCACACUGGAGAGAAAUCUUACACCUGCAAACUGUGUGGAAAGAGAUUCACGCAACAAAAUACCCUUAAUGUCCACAUGAGAAUUCACACUGGAGAGAAACCUUACACCUGCAAAAUGUGUGGAAAGUGUUUUACACGGAAAAAUCACCUUAAUGUCCACAAGAGAAUUCACAGUGAAGAGAAACCAUUUGUAUGCCCUCAGUGUGGAAAGCGAUUUAAACAGAAAAGUACCCUUAAUGUCCACAUGAGUAUUCACACUGGAGAGAAACCUUACACCUGCAAAGUGUGUGGAAAGUGUUUUACUCUGAAAAAUCACCUUAAUGUCCACAAGAGAAUUCACAGUGAAGAGAAACCAUUCAUAUGCCCUCAGUGUGGAAAGAGAUUUACACAGAUAAAUAGCCUUAAUGUCCACAUGAGAAUUCACACUGGAGAGAAACCUUACACCUGUGAGCUGUGUGAGAAGAGUUUCACACGUAUUGGAGAGCUUAAGAUUCACAAGAGCAUUCACAGUGAAGAGAAACCAUUCAUAUGCCCUCAGUGUGGAAAGAGAUUUAAACAGAAAAAUACCCUUAAUGUCCACAUGAGAAUUCACACUGGAGAGAAACCUUACACCUGCAAAAUGUGUGGAAAGUGCUUUACACAGAAAAAUCACCUUAAUGUCCACAUGAGAAUUCACACUGGAGAGAAACCUUACACCUGUGAGCUGUGUGAGAAGAGUUACACACGAAAGGAAGAUCUUAAAAUUCACAAGAGAAUUCACAGUGAAGAGAAACCAUUCAUAUGCCCUCAGUGUGGAAAGAGAUUUACACAGAAAAAUACCCUUACUGUCCACAUGAGAAUUCACACUGGAGAGAAACCUUUCACCUGCAAAAUGUGUGGAAAGUGUUUUACAUGGAAAAAUCACCUAAAUGUCCACAUGAGUAUUCACAGUGAAGAGAAACUAUUCAUAUGCCCUCAGUGUGGAAAGAAAUUUACAAGGAAAAAUAACCUUAAUGUCCACAUGAGUAUUCACACCGGAGAGAAACCUUUUAUCUGCAAACUCUGUGGAAAGAAUUUCUCACAUAACAUAUACCUAAAGAAUCACAUGAGGAUUCACACUGAUGAGAAACCUUUCACCUGUGAACAGUGUGGAAAGAGUUUCAGGGCUAUAGCAAGCCUAAAGAUUCACAUGAGAGUUCACACUGGAGAGAGGCCAUUCAAAUGUGAUCAGUGUGAAAUUAGUUUCUCAUUUUACAAAAACCUGAAACAUCAUUUGAAAUGUCAUUCUGACAAGAAAAUGCCAUUUUCCUCAGAAUAACAAGAGGUUUAGAAAAAAAGAGUGAUUUCUUGGAUUACUCUCUUAUCAUUUAUUCAGGAGCAGAUUUAUUUUUAAAAUAUUGUCCCAAUUUUGAAACUUACAAAUCCGUCACAUUUAACUUUCAGCUCAUUCAAUAUAAAGUGCACAGACAGCAUUAUUCUCGUACAAGGUUACAUUCUACAUACCCCUCUAUGUCACCCUUAUGUAUUAAAUGUAGGCCCAAUGAGGGAACUUUGGGUCAUUUAUUUUGGUUCUGCCCCCCAAAAAAUAAGUUCUGGUUUGUUUGUUUUUAUUCAAGGGUGUUAAGACUGAUUUUCCCCAUGGAAUUCUUGUUACUGUAUUCAUCUGGUCUCCAUGUUUGGAAACCUAUAGUCCCAGUCAAACUCAAGCAGUCCAGUAUGGGAUGACAAUAACAAAGAAAAUACUAUUUUGAAGAUGUGAAAGAAAGAGUUUGUACACAAAUUUGAGAUGUGGCUAACAGAGGUUAGCAGUGUGCUACAUAUGGAGAAAUUCUGAUGUGAAAUUGCUGGUAUUCGGCUGGUCUCCAUGUUUGGAAACCUAUAGUCCCAGUCAAACUCAGUCAGUCCUGUGUGGGAUGACAAUAGCAAAGAAAAUACUAUUUUGAAGAUGUGAAAAAGUUUGUACACAAAUUUGAGAUGUGGCUAACAGAGAUUAGCAGUGUGCUACAUAUGGAGAAAUUCAGAUGUGAAAUUGCUGGUAAACUGAAGAGAUUCUUACAGAUAUGGAAACCCUUUUAAAUAUCUUGAAGGUGAUAACUGAUUGUAAAUUUCAACACUCUAAUAAAGGGAUAGGCAACGUUGGUUCUGGGUACCACUGUCCUGCAGAUUUUAGCUCCAACCCUAAUCAAACACACCUGAACAAGCUACAUUUUUACAAGGGCUACAGGCAGGUGUUGGUUUUUUCAAGGUUUGAGCUAAACUCUGCAGGACAUCAUCACUCCAGGACCACGUUGCCUAUCCCUGAUCUGGACAUAUUCUCUGUGUGGUGUGACAGAGUAUGUCCAGUAAGGUUAUCAUGCAGCUAUUGAAUAAUUGGAUAAUAUUUUGUACUGAUAUUUUAUUUUAUAUAGCCCCCCCCCCCCACACACACACCUUUUUCCUCGAUGUGUAAGUAAGCCUAUGGGUGAGACUUCCGUUGAUAACAGAUUAAAAUAACAUGAUAGGACACAUUAAUUGUCAAUAUCAAGCAGCAAAACAAACUGUUUUGUACAGCUAAAAUAGCUAAACGCAAAUGAGACCAGAAGCUAGACCUAUAGAAUUUACAAAUGAUGGCGCCCGUUUUAACGUUAGGAAAAAGGUGGAUACAUUUUAAGUAUGAAGGUAAAAGAAUAGCAAAACUCGAGAACUUGUUGAUUUGAAUGUGACAACUUGUCAUAUUAAUAUUUGUACAAACCCGUUUCCAAAAAUGUUGGGACACUGUACAAAUUGUGAGUAAAAAAGGAAUUGAAUCAUUUACAAAUCUCAUUAACAUUUAUUUUAUUCACAAUAGAAUAUAGAUAACAUAUCAAAAGUUGAAAGUGAGACAUUUUGAAAUGUCAUGCCAAAUAUUGUCAUUUUGCAUUUCAUGAGAGCUGCACAUUCCAAAAAAGUUGAGACAUGUAGCAAUAAGAGGCAGGAAAAGUUAAAAGUGCAUAUAAGGAACUGCUGGAGGACCAAUUUGCAAUUUUUAAGGUCAAUUGGCAACAUGAUUGGGUAUAAAAUGAGCCUCUCAGAGUGCUAGUGUCUCUCAGAAGUCAAGAUGGGCAGAGGAUCACCAACUCCCCCAAUGCUGCUUCGAAACAUAGUGGAGCAAUAUGAGAAAGGAUUUUCUCAGAUUAAAAAAUGAAAAUAAUUUGAAGUUAUCAUGAUCUACAGUGCAUAAUAUCAUCCAAAAAUGCAUAGAAUCUGGAACAAUUUCUGUGCAUAAGGGUCCAGGCCGGAAAACCAUACUGGAUGACUUCGAUCUUCGGGCCCUUAGACGGCACUACAUCACAUGCUUAGACGGAAUGCUACUCUAAUGGAAAUCACAACAUGGGCUCAGGAAUACUUUCAGAAAACAUUGUCGGUGAACACAAUCCACCGUGCCAUUUGUCGUUGCAGUCUAAAACUCUAUAAAAGAAAGCCAUUUCUAAACUUAAUCCAGAAGUGCAGGUGUUUUCUCUGUGCCAAGGCUCAUUUAAAAUGGACUGUGGUUAAGUGGAAAACUGUUCUGUGGUUAGACGAAUCAAAAUUUCUUUUUGGAAAACUGGGAUGCCAUGUCAUCCGGACUGAAGAGGACAAGUACAACCCAAGUUGUUAUCAGCGCUCAGUUCAGAAGCUAGCAUCUCUGAUGGCAUGGGGUUGCAUAUAUCCAAGUUCUAGAACAACAUGUGCUCCCAUCCAGACGUCGUCUUUUUCAGGGAAGACCUUGCAUUUUCCAACAUGACAAUGCCAGACCACAUACUGAAUCAAUUACAACAUCAUGGCUGCGUAGAAGAAGAAUCUGGGUACUGAAAUGCAGAUCUGGGCCUGCAGUCCAGAUCUUUCACCCAUAAAAAAACGUUUGACUUGAAACGUUGCUGCACACCAAGCAAAAAAAGACACCAAAGUAAGUUCGAGAGAGUGAAUCGAAAGCAUUAGGAGCUGUCUGCUCUGCUCUCUAUAGCUCAUGAAUGUCACACAACCUGGACAUUUUAGGCAAUAUUAAACUCCUGGCCGGGACGUGUCCCGUAUGAACGGUGCAUGUGGCCACUCUAUUGAGAAUAAACUGCUUACCUGUGCUCCCACUUUCCAGUGAUCACUCCGGUGUAUUCUCCAAGUUCCUGUUUUCAUUGUCAUCCAGUUGUCAUUGUGUGUAUAAGUGCUCCAUGUGUGGUUGUAGCUCCAUGUAGCUUUGCUUUUCUGUUGAAUUUCCUUCUUACUAUCUCUCUCUGUUGUCUAAAGUGAUCAAAUAUAAACUUAAUUCCAA